GUGCCACGUGAUCCCAACGCGUCGCGUUCGGCGACGUAAACACACCUCAACAAAGGUUCUGCACACCGCGAACGUUGUCACUGCUGCCUUCGGUGCACACGACCGUCGCCACCACAAAAUCGCAAUGGCGCCCGCUCGCAACCCUCAGCUCGAUCAAGAAAAAGAGGAAUAUCGCGCUAGCAUCGCCGAGGCCCUCCAGGAAGACGAAGACCCGCUCGCUGCCUACGACGAUUUUGUCAAAUGGACCAUACAACAGUAUUCUGCAGAUGACAUAACAUCCGGUCUCCUUGAGCUGCUGGAGGAGAGCACGAGACGGUUCAAGGAUGAUCUGAGGUACAAGGGCGAUCUCAGAUAUCUGAAACUCUGGUCGGCGUAUGCGAAGCAAGUCGAGAGACCGACCAUAAUUUACUCAUAUCUCGUAAAGCACGACAUCGGAUGCGUGUAUGCACUACUCUAUGAAGAGUAUGCUGGGGCACUGGAAAAGGAGGGAAGACACACCGAGGCGGACAAGGUGUUCCGUAUCGGGAUCACCCGUAAUGCUCGUCCAAUCGAGAGGCUGAAGAAACGUUAUCGCGAUUUCCAAGGCAACCCUUCCUCGUCCAAACCCACACCCAUCACCUCCAAACCAAGUGGGUCCAAAGAAAUCGAUGCUCUUCGCAGGAAUCCUUUCAAAAACUACGAUCCGCAACCCUCAUCGUCCUCGAGUACUUCAAACCCAUCAUCAUCCUCUAAAUCUAGUGCUCCACAAGCUUCCUCAUCAAGUCCUAGAGCUCAUGGUCGUUAUGCCCCGAUGCUCGCUCCUCCUGUCCCAGGGAGGCGCCCAGAGAAGCUACGCUUCAAUCUCUCACUGCUUUUCACUGAGGAUGGUGUCGAAUACAGCGCUGCUGAAGUGCGCGCACGCUCCAUGGGACUUCUCAACAAGAAGUGGGGCUCACUUCCGCCUUCAGAAUCACGCGACUCCAUCCGAGUGAACUUCAACGACGACGGCACACGAAGCACACAGAACAUGGGGUACGGGAAGCGCAAGAGCAUGGUGACUGUAGGAGAGCCAACAGUCACGAUCAAUACGAAAGAGGCGCUGGCAGAUGUGUUUGGAAUGUAUAACUCCCCAGAUAAGACCGUCAAACGGAUGGUACCUGGGAGCAAGCAUGCGCCAGUGAAGAGGAUUGAGCCCAUGACACCUGCAACAAGACAAUCACCACCUGCUGUCCAUGUGGAGAACGAGAACGCUAAGACACCGGGUGCAUUCAAGCCCUUCGUGGACGAGAACGCAAAUCGCAAGGACAAUAGUACUCCUGCAGCAAAGUUCAAACCAUUUGUGGACGAACCCCCAAAACAAACAUUCGUCACUCCUGACAUGGGUCGGCGUGCUCUCACAACAAAGGACAGCACUCCCGCUGCCUCUUUCAAACCUUCCACCUCCCUCAAAGCCAUCUCCGAAGAAAACUCGGGGCGAGAAAACGAGAAUGUCAAACACAAUGUUUUCUCGCGCGUGUUCACCCCUGUAUCUCAGAAAGAGCCCUUCACCCGACCCAACUCACAAGGGACGAAGGCUAGCCCUCUAAAUGAGAACGCAAGUGUCUUUCAACCUCCUGCUUCCAAGUCGGAGGCAGCGCCAUUCGUUGCAUUCGUCGACUCCAAAACGCCAUUCAAGGUCUUCAGUCGCCCACCAUCGCAUGAAGGGAGUGAGAAUGCAGGGCACGUCUUCACCCCGAAGCCGAGCACGUUCAAAGCAUUCGUGGAUAACAAUGCCGUUGUCACGUCUGAAGACCAAGUGGAACAUAAUGUUCCUCUAGCGCCAGAGACACCGGCGUCCGAGACCUACACUGAUGAAUCCAGUGAACCCGCAGAUGACCCUCAGCAGAACUUCUCCUCGAGCGACGAGCCUUUUGAGGAUGGUUAUAUCGAGGCAGAAGCCGAUGUACCCUUUUCUUCAUCAUCAAGCAUCAGCGACCAAUUCGAAGAAGAGUAUGAGGAGGAGCUACCGCAGCCUCUUGGAGGUCGCUUCGGCAGGAUUAACGUGAUGACGCCCAUCACGGAACGUACCUUUGAGUUUAGCACUCGCGGGUUCCCUACGCCGGGUGAGAAUGGUGCAGUCGAGGCUGCAGAACGUCUCGCCGCAGAGCUGAGAGAGGAAGACGAACGUGAGCGAGGAUACGUGCACGACGGGGACGAGUCGGACUCAUCAUUCGCUUCCUAUGACCGUCCAGGACCGGUCCCGCAAUACCACCCAGCAGAACUGGAAGUGAUCGAGGAGCGCACGGGGACGCUCAGUCUCUCAGACGCUCUAGCAGUAGUGUCUGCCUUCAGACCAUCAAAUCCAUGCAAUCCCUUCGACCCUGCAAUCAUGUCCACGCUGCUUUCCAUCCUGCCUGCAGACGAAGAUUUCCACGACCUGCGAGGACAGGACUCAGGUAUGUUCGAGGGUCUGCAGAAGUUCGCGGCCAAGAAGAGCAGGCGAGGGAGCGGCUCAAGCCCCAAGGGGUUCGAUGACGAUGCGUUUAUGGUCACCCUAGAAGGAAAGAGACUGAAAGUGGUGGAUAAACUGGGAGAAGGCGGUUUCGGGGCAGUAUUUGCAGCUCGAGAUGUUUCGUCCAAGAACGAAGAUGACGAAGACGAAGACUUCGAUGAGGAGGACGAAGACGAGGACAGUGCUUCAUUGCUUGCCCUCAAAGUCGUGAAGCCUCGGAACCUAUGGGAAUUCCACGUCCUACGCAGAAUCCACCGCACACUCCCCGAGCCACUCCGCCGCUCCCUCGUCCUACCGUAUACCCUCUACGCGUAUCGCGACGAAAGCCACCUGCUUAUGCAGCUAUGCCCACAAGGCACCUUACUCGACAUCGUCAACCGUGCUGGCACUACUGGUAUCUCGCAGCAAGGGGCAUGCCUUGAUGAGCUGCUUGUCAUGUUUUUCACUAUCGAGAUCAUGCGCUUCCUCGAAGGAAUGCACAGCGCAGGCUUCAUCCACGGUGAUCUCAAGAUCGAUAACUGCCUUCUACGUCUCGAAGACGUCCCAGGCGGAGCAUCUGCCCUCUCAAGCCUAUACCAGCCCUCUGGUGAUUGUGGCUGGAAAUACAAGGGCAUUAAAGUCAUCGAUUUCGGGCGAACACUGGACACGUCCCUCUUUCCUCACAACCAACAGUUUACGGGUGAUUGGCCAACAGAUGCACGAGAUUGCUUUGAGCUAAGAGAGCACCGCCCCUGGACAUAUCAGACCGACUACUUUGGUCUCGCUGGCAUCAUCUACUGCAUGCUGUUCGGCAAAUACAUCGAAACGUCAUCCAUCACGCCCCAACCCCCUUACAAGAUCACGACGCCGUUUAAGCGCUACUGGCAGAAUAACUUAUGGAUGAAACUAUUCGAUCUCUUGCUUAAUCCUGGCCUCGUGCGUCCGGAUGGCAAGUUGCCCCUGUGCGAGGAGCUUGUUGAUAUCAGACAUGAAAUGGAGGGUUGGUUGCAGCACCAUUGCAAUCGGAGUAGCAACACGCUCAAGGGGCUAUUAAAAAAGAUCGAGCUUUCAGUAUACACUCAGUAGCAUCUUACUUACUUCACCCAUGAUUCGUAUGUUCAUAGUUUAGCUGUUCAUUCACGUUUCUGUAUACAUACUCUGACUCAAGUACUCAGUUGUCGGUCCGCAUCAUCAAUUUAUGAUAACUCGGUAUGCAUUCGAC